AUGGUCACUGACCUGUGGGCAGAGAAGGACCGCAUCCACCUGCGGCUGGCCAACGGCAGGAGCGAGUGCGAAGGCCGCGUGGAGGUGUUCGACGGCAGCGGCUGGGGCACGGUGUGCGACGACGCCUGGGGCCUGAGUGAUGCCCGGGUGGUGUGCAGGCAGCUGGGCUGUGGCCAGGCUGUGGCAGCCCCCGGAAACGCUCGUUUUGGGCUUGGAUCCGGGCGAAUCCUCCUGGACGACGUGCAGUGCGGCGGCUACGAGUCCUCCCUGCAGGAGUGCCGGCACAACGGCUGGGGCGUGCACAACUGCGGCCACGGGGAAGAUGCCAGCGUCGUCUGUGCAGGCAUCCACCUGCGGCUGGCCAACGGCAGGAGCGAGUGCGAAGGCCGCGUGGAGGUGUUCGACGGCAGCGGCUGGGGCACGGUGUGCGACGACGCCUGGGGCCUGAGUGAUGCCCGGGUGGUGUGCAGGCAGCUGGGCUGUGGCCAGGCUGUGGCAGCCCCCGGAAACGCUCGUUUUGGGCCUGGUUCUGGGCGAAUCCUCCUGGACAACGUGCAGUGCGGCGGCUACGAGUCCUCCCUGCAGGAGUGCCGGCACAACGGCUGGGGCGUGCACAACUGCGGCCACGGGGAAGAUGCCAGCGUCGUCUGUGCAGACCACGAGGGCUGCCUUUGUCCGAGGCUGCAUCACGCAAACCCAUCGCGCAGCUACCGGGAGAGUCUCCCGGGGCUGUGCCACUGGCUAAAGAGUUCGGAACUGUCGCUGAGGCUGGUGAACGGGCAGAACAGAUGUCAGGGCCGCGUCGAAGUGUUUCACGGCGGAGCCUGGGGGACAAUCUGCGAUGACUCCUGGGACACGGCCGACGGCGACGUGGUGUGCGGCCAGCUCGGAUGUGGCAGAGCCGCCUCAGCGCCGGGGGAAGCUCAUUUCGGUGACGGCACAGGAGAAAUUCUCCUGGACGAAGUACAGUGCCGCGGGAAUGAAGCCUCCCUCUGGCAGUGCUCCCACAGCGGCUGGGCCAUCAACGACUGUCUGCACCAGGAGGAUGCUGGAGUCGUCUGCACAGCUUCCAUGAUGUCUGAAAUUCCUGAGUUGUCCCUGAGACUGGUGAACGGCCAGAACCGAUGCGAGGGCCGUGUUGAAGUCUACUACCAGGACAGCUGGGGAACCAUCUGCGACGACUCCUGGGACCUGAUGGAUGCCCACGUUGUCUGCAGCCAGCUGGGGUGCGGCAAGGCUAUUUCUGCCCCUGGAAAUGCCAAUUUUAGCCAAGGCUCAGGAAAUAUCCUGCUUGAUGAUGUGCACUGCAAAGGGAACGAGGCUCACAUCUGGGAGUGCCCCAGCAGAGGGUGGUUGGUGCAUAACUGCGUGCACCUAGAAGAUGCCAGCGCCGUUUGCUCAGCAUCCUCAGAAGAGCCCACAAGUUCAAUUUCUGCAUCAACAUUUACCACCGAGAAAGCUAUGACAGCUACCAUAGAACUGCUGACUUCUGCAUACAAAGAUUCUUCCUCUGUGCCCAGCUCCAGCCAGGGACAGGAGAUGCUGUCUGCUCCAGGGACCUCCACGACCCCCAGGGAAGAUACAUCUUUUGUGCCCACUGCCGUCACAGAAGAAAAUGUCACUUUCGUUUCCGAAAGCCCAACUACAGUUUACGAAACAACCUCUGAUUCCACAGAUUCCUCCUUUGCUUCCACCUCCACCAGAGAGGAAGGCAGGACACGAGAAAUCCUGACUACACCUCAGAAAGCUGUUGCAGAUUAUUUUACCACAGAAAUGGAUUACUUGAUCACAUCUGCCCCUGCCACAGAGAGCAGUGCACCAGCACCGACUCCAGAGUUACUCCCUGUGCUGAGUGAAGACAUGUCCCUGCGGCUGGUGGGCGGCGGCGGCCCCUGCUUGGGGCGCCUCGAGGUCUUCCACAACGGGAGCUGGGGCACCGUCUGCGACGACGACUGGGACCUGAGGGAUGCCGAGGUGGUGUGCAGGCAGCUGGGCUGCGGGGACGUCAUCUCGGCCCGCGGCGACGCCUUUUUUGGGGAAGGCGCCGGCCCCGUGCUCCUGGACGAGGUGGCGUGCACGGGCGACGAGGCCUCGCUGGCGCAGUGCUCUCACCAAGGGCUGGGCACCCACGACUGCCGCCACAAGGAAGACGCCGGCGUCGUCUGUGCAGUCCCCGUGGAGCCGACCACACCUGAAACAACAGGGUCUACAGAGCACCCAACAACGGCAACACCAGGUAUAUCUGGGGAGCGUCCCCGGGAAGGCCGUCUCCAAGGCCGCCGCCUGACCACGCAUCUUCCUCCGCUUCCCCCAGACAUGUCCCUGCGGCUGGUGGGCGGCGGCGGCCCCUGCUUGGGGCGCCUCGAGGUCUUCCACAACGGGAGCUGGGGCACCGUCUGCGACGACGACUGGGACCUGAGGGAUGCCGAGGUGGUGUGCAGGCAGCUGGGCUGCGGGGACGUCAUCUCGGCCCGCGGCGACGCCUUUUUUGGGGAAGGCGCCGGCCCCGUGCUCCUGGACGAGGUGGCGUGCACGGGCGACGAGGCCUCGCUGGCGCAGUGCUCUCACCAAGGGCUGGGCACCCACGACUGCCGCCACAAGGAAGACGCCGGCGUCGUCUGUGCAGUCCCCGUGGAGCCGACCACACCUGAAACAACAGACAUGUCCCUGCGGCUGGUGGGCGGCGGCGGCCCCUGCUUGGGGCGCCUCGAGGUCUUCCACAACGGGAGCUGGGGCACCGUCUGCGACGACGACUGGGACCUGAGGGAUGCCGAGGUGGUGUGCAGGCAGCUGGGCUGCGGGGACGUCAUCUCGGCCCGCGGCGACGCCUUUUUUGGGGAAGGCGCCGGCCCCGUGCUCCUGGACGAGGUGGCGUGCACGGGCGACGAGGCCUCGCUGGCGCAGUGCUCUCACCAAGGGCUGGGCACCCACGACUGCCGCCACAAGGAAGACGCCGGCGUCGUCUGUGCAGUCCCCGUGGAGCCGACCACACCUGAAACAACAGACAUGUCCCUGCGGCUGGUGGGCGGCGGCGGCCCCUGCUUGGGGCGCCUCGAGGUCUUCCACAACGGGAGCUGGGGCACCGUCUGCGACGACGACUGGGACCUGAGGGAUGCCGAGGUGGUGUGCAGGCAGCUGGGCUGCGGGGACGUCAUCUCGGCCCGCGGCGACGCCUUUUUUGGGGAAGGCGCCGGCCCCGUGCUCCUGGACGAGGUGGCGUGCACGGGCGACGAGGCCUCGCUGGCGCAGUGCUCUCACCAAGGGCUGGGCACCCACGACUGCCGCCACAAGGAAGACGCCGGCGUCGUCUGUGCAGUCCCCGUGGAGCCGACCACACCUGAAACAACAGGGUCUACAGAGCACCCAACAACGGCAACACCAGGUAUAUCUGGGGAGCGUCCCCGGGAAGGCCGUCUCCAAGGCCGCCGCCUGACCACGCAUCUUCCUCCGCUUCCCCCAGACAUGUCCCUGCGGCUGGUGGGCGGCGGCGGCCCCUGCUUGGGGCGCCUCGAGGUCUUCCACAACGGGAGCUGGGGCACCGUCUGCGACGACGACUGGGACCUGAGGGAUGCCGAGGUGGUGUGCAGGCAGCUGGGCUGCGGGGACGUCAUCUCGGCCCGCGGCGACGCCUUUUUUGGGGAAGGCGCCGGCCCCGUGCUCCUGGACGAGGUGGCGUGCACGGGCGACGAGGCCUCGCUGGCGCAGUGCUCUCACCAAGGGCUGGGCACCCACGACUGCCGCCACAAGGAAGACGCCGGCGUCGUCUGUGCAGUCCCCGUGGAGCCGACCACACCUGAAACAACAGACAUGUCCCUGCGGCUGGUGGGCGGCGGCGGCCCCUGCUUGGGGCGCCUCGAGGUCUUCCACAACGGGAGCUGGGGCACCGUCUGCGACGACGACUGGGACCUGAGGGAUGCCGAGGUGGUGUGCAGGCAGCUGGGCUGCGGGGACGUCAUCUCGGCCCGCGGCGACGCCUUUUUUGGGGAAGGCGCCGGCCCCGUGCUCCUGGACGAGGUGGCGUGCACGGGCGACGAGGCCUCGCUGGCGCAGUGCUCUCACCAAGGGCUGGGCACCCACGACUGCCGCCACAAGGAAGACGCCGGCGUCGUCUGUGCAGUCCCCGUGGAGCCGACCACACCUGAAACAACAGACAUGUCCCUGCGGCUGGUGGGCGGCGGCGGCCCCUGCUUGGGGCGCCUCGAGGUCUUCCACAACGGGAGCUGGGGCACCGUCUGCGACGACGACUGGGACCUGAGGGAUGCCGAGGUGGUGUGCAGGCAGCUGGGCUGCGGGGACGUCAUCUCGGCCCGCGGCGACGCCUUUUUUGGGGAAGGCGCCGGCCCCGUGCUCCUGGACGAGGUGGCGUGCACGGGCGACGAGGCCUCGCUGGCGCAGUGCUCUCACCAAGGGCUGGGCACCCACGACUGCCGCCACAAGGAAGACGCCGGCGUCGUCUGUGCAGUCCCCGUGGAGCCGACCACACCUGAAACAACAGACAUGUCCCUGCGGCUGGUGGGCGGCGGCGGCCCCUGCUUGGGGCGCCUCGAGGUCUUCCACAACGGGAGCUGGGGCACCGUCUGCGACGACGACUGGGACCUGAGGGAUGCCGAGGUGGUGUGCAGGCAGCUGGGCUGCGGGGACGUCAUCUCGGCCCGCGGCGACGCCUUUUUUGGGGAAGGCGCCGGCCCCGUGCUCCUGGACGAGGUGGCGUGCACGGGCGACGAGGCCUCGCUGGCGCAGUGCUCUCACCAAGGGCUGGGCACCCACGACUGCCGCCACAAGGAAGACGCCGGCGUCGUCUGUGCAGUCCCCGUGGAGCCGACCACACCUGAAACAACAGACAUGUCCCUGCGGCUGGUGGGCGGCGGCGGCCCCUGCUUGGGGCGCCUCGAGGUCUUCCACAACGGGAGCUGGGGCACCGUCUGCGACGACGACUGGGACCUGAGGGAUGCCGAGGUGGUGUGCAGGCAGCUGGGCUGCGGGGACGUCAUCUCGGCCCGCGGCGACGCCUUUUUUGGGGAAGGCGCCGGCCCCGUGCUCCUGGACGAGGUGGCGUGCACGGGCGACGAGGCCUCGCUGGCGCAGUGCUCUCACCAAGGGCUGGGCACCCACGACUGCCGCCACAAGGAAGACGCCGGCGUCGUCUGUGCAGUCCCCGUGGAGCCGACCACACCUGAAACAACAGACAUGUCCCUGCGGCUGGUGGGCGGCGGCGGCCCCUGCUUGGGGCGCCUCGAGGUCUUCCACAACGGGAGCUGGGGCACCGUCUGCGACGACGACUGGGACCUGAGGGAUGCCGAGGUGGUGUGCAGGCAGCUGGGCUGCGGGGACGUCAUCUCGGCCCGCGGCGACGCCUUUUUUGGGGAAGGCGCCGGCCCCGUGCUCCUGGACGAGGUGGCGUGCACGGGCGACGAGGCCUCGCUGGCGCAGUGCUCUCACCAAGGGCUGGGCACCCACGACUGCCGCCACAAGGAAGACGCCGGCGUCGUCUGUGCAGUCCCCGUGGAGCCGACCACACCUGAAACAACAGACAUGUCCCUGCGGCUGGUGGGCGGCGGCGGCCCCUGCUUGGGGCGCCUCGAGGUCUUCCACAACGGGAGCUGGGGCACCGUCUGCGACGACGACUGGGACCUGAGGGAUGCCGAGGUGGUGUGCAGGCAGCUGGGCUGCGGGGACGUCAUCUCGGCCCGCGGCGACGCCUUUUUUGGGGAAGGCGCCGGCCCCGUGCUCCUGGACGAGGUGGCGUGCACGGGCGACGAGGCCUCGCUGGCGCAGUGCUCUCACCAAGGGCUGGGCACCCACGACUGCCGCCACAAGGAAGACGCCGGCGUCGUCUGUGCAGUCCCCGUGGAGCCGACCACACCUGAAACAACAGACAUGUCCCUGCGGCUGGUGGGCGGCGGCGGCCCCUGCUUGGGGCGCCUCGAGGUCUUCCACAACGGGAGCUGGGGCACCGUCUGCGACGACGACUGGGACCUGAGGGAUGCCGAGGUGGUGUGCAGGCAGCUGGGCUGCGGGGACGUCAUCUCGGCCCGCGGCGACGCCUUUUUUGGGGAAGGCGCCGGCCCCGUGCUCCUGGACGAGGUGGCGUGCACGGGCGACGAGGCCUCGCUGGCGCAGUGCUCUCACCAAGGGCUGGGCACCCACGACUGCCGCCACAAGGAAGACGCCGGCGUCGUCUGUGCAGUCCCCGUGGAGCCGACCACACCUGAAACAACAGACAUGUCCCUGCGGCUGGUGGGCGGCGGCGGCCCCUGCUUGGGGCGCCUCGAGGUCUUCCACAACGGGAGCUGGGGCACCGUCUGCGACGACGACUGGGACCUGAGGGAUGCCGAGGUGGUGUGCAGGCAGCUGGGCUGCGGGGACGUCAUCUCGGCCCGUGGCGACGCCUUUUUUGGGGAAGGCGCCGGCCCCGUGCUCCUGGACGAGGUGGCGUGCACGGGCGACGAGGCCUCGCUGGCGCAGUGCUCUCACCAAGGGCUGGGCACCCACGACUGCCGCCACAAGGAAGACGCCGGCGUCGUCUGUGCAGUCCCCGUGGAGCCGACCACACCUGAAACAACAGACAUGUCCCUGCGGCUGGUGGGCGGCGGCGGCCCCUGCUUGGGGCGCCUCGAGGUCUUCCACAACGGGAGCUGGGGCACCGUCUGCGACGACGACUGGGACCUGAGGGAUGCCGAGGUGGUGUGCAGGCAGCUGGGCUGCGGGGACGUCAUCUCGGCCCGCGGCGACGCCUUUUUUGGGGAAGGCGCCGGCCCCGUGCUCCUGGACGAGGUGGCGUGCACGGGCGACGAGGCCUCGCUGGCGCAGUGCUCUCACCAAGGGCUGGGCACCCACGACUGCCGCCACAAGGAAGACGCCGGCGUCGUCUGUGCAGUCCCCGUGGAGCCGACCACACCUGAAACAACAGACAUGUCCCUGCGGCUGGUGGGCGGCGGCGGCCCCUGCUUGGGGCGCCUCGAGGUCUUCCACAACGGGAGCUGGGGCACCGUCUGCGACGACGACUGGGACCUGAGGGAUGCCGAGGUGGUGUGCAGGCAGCUGGGCUGCGGGGACGUCAUCUCGGCCCGCGGCGACGCCUUUUUUGGGGAAGGCGCCGGCCCCGUGCUCCUGGACGAGGUGGCGUGCACGGGCGACGAGGCCUCGCUGGCGCAGUGCUCUCACCAAGGGCUGGGCACCCACGACUGCCGCCACAAGGAAGACGCCGGCGUCGUCUGUGCAGUCCCCGUGGAGCCGACCACACCUGAAACAACAGACAUGUCCCUGCGGCUGGUGGGCGGCGGCGGCCCCUGCUUGGGGCGCCUCGAGGUCUUCCACAACGGGAGCUGGGGCACCGUCUGCGACGACGACUGGGACCUGAGGGAUGCCGAGGUGGUGUGCAGGCAGCUGGGCUGCGGGGACGUCAUCUCGGCCCGCGGCGACGCCUUUUUUGGGGAAGGCGCCGGCCCCGUGCUCCUGGACGAGGUGGCGUGCACGGGCGACGAGGCCUCGCUGGCGCAGUGCUCUCACCAAGGGCUGGGCACCCACGACUGCCGCCACAAGGAAGACGCCGGCGUCGUCUGUGCAGUCCCCGUGGAGCCGACCACACCUGAAACAACAGACAUGUCCCUGCGGCUGGUGGGCGGCGGCGGCCCCUGCUUGGGGCGCCUCGAGGUCUUCCACAACGGGAGCUGGGGCACCGUCUGCGACGACGACUGGGACCUGAGGGAUGCCGAGGUGGUGUGCAGGCAGCUGGGCUGCGGGGACGUCAUCUCGGCCCGCGGCGACGCCUUUUUUGGGGAAGGCGCCGGCCCCGUGCUCCUGGACGAGGUGGCGUGCACGGGCGACGAGGCCUCGCUGGCGCAGUGCUCUCACCAAGGGCUGGGCACCCACGACUGCCGCCACAAGGAAGACGCCGGCGUCGUCUGUGCAGCAACCCUUACUUGCCUACCUAAAUACAUGCGGGCAAUUAUUAAAAGAGCCUAUAUCAGUUCAAGAGGUUACUUUGCAUGGAAUAUUCACUUGAAUGACCCAAGAUGUAAGCCAGUGAUUACCAAUUACAACAUCAUGUUCCAUAUACCAUACAAUGGCUGUGGUACAAAAACAGAGAUUACCCGUGCAGCCAUCACCUAUUCCAACACUGUGGUCGGAUCCACUUUUGACAGCUUCAAUGACAGAAAUAUGAAUUCUCUGCUAAACUUUGCCUGCAAAAUAUACAGGAAUGACAAUACUGGAACAAUGCCCAAUAUUAAAGAGUCUCCAUACCUGGAAAAUCAGUCUAGACAAUACGUUGUCAAGUUUUCCUUUUAUGAUUCAUCAUCUUUUUCACAUGUGGUGAAGGCUUCACCAUACUAUAUUGACACAAACCAGGAUGUGUUUGUUCGUGCUACCCUCUACUGCCCAGAUCCAAAUCUGAUGCUAUCUACAGAUACAUGUGCAGUGUCUCCAAAUCGUUAUGACUUUACAACUACAACAUACGAUUUAAUCAGAGAAGGGUAA